AUGCCCAUGAGGCCGGCGGGUGCUCCAUCCUCCACGCAGCCCAGUGUUCUGCUCGCCCUAACCUUCUUGAAGCUGCUUCUCCUCCUGACCGUCUCCCUGGCCCAGAAGCCGGCCCGGCUGCCUCUGGUGGGCCGCAAGCCGUUUGUGGCCGCCUGGAACGCACCGCUGGACUUGUGCGCCAUCAAGUACAACGUCAGUGUCAAUCUGGACCUCUUCCACAUCCGCGGCAGUCCCCGUGCUGACUGGACCGGUCAGAACGUCACCAUCUUCUACGCCAACCGACUGGGCUACUAUCCACGGUACACGCCACAGGGUGAGGCAGUGCACGGCGGAGUCCCACAGAACGGCAGCCUGGACAUACACCUGUUCAAGGCCUACCAGGACAUCAAGCACUUCAUCCCCGCUCAAGACUUUCGCGGCUUGGCCGUCAUCGACUGGGAAUUCUGGCGACCGCAGUGGAGUCGCAACUGGCACAAGAAGGACGUCUACAGGCGUAUGUCGCGGGAGUUGACCGCCAAGGCCUACCUGAAUGUGACAGAGGCGCAAGUGGAAGAGCUUGCCCGGCGCCGCUUCGAGAAAAGUGCCCGAGCCUUCAUGCAGCGUACGCUCCAACUGGGCACGCGCUUGCGCCCCAACGGCCUGUGGGGCUUCUACCUCUACCCGGAUUGCCACAACUACAACCUCCAUGAGGAUGACUACACCGGUCUUUGCCCACUGCUUGAAAGUCUGAGGAACGAUGAGCUGUGCUGGCUGUGGAACAGCAGUACGGCACUCUACCCGUCCGUAGCUAUCCGCAAGUCGCACACCAACAGUGCGGGCACCCUGCACUUUGCCCGCCACCGCGUGCGAGAGGCGCUACGUGUGGCAUCGCUCACCUCCAAAGACUACGAUCUUCCCACGUACGUCUACCUGAGGCUGGGAUACCGCGACGAGCCGCUUACCUUCCUCACCACGAAGGAUCUGGUCCAUACCAUUGGUGAGAGUGCGGCUCUGGGAGCCGCAGGAUUCGUCAUAUGGGGGGACCUGAACCUCACUACGUCACGGCAUAACUGUACGAAGGUGCGCUGGUUCCUGACACACCGUCUGGGUCAGUACAUUACCAAUGUCACACGGGCUGCUGAGUUUUGCAGUGACUUUCUGUGCCAGAACAACGGACGCUGCAUCCGCCGUGACCCAGGGGCACGCCACUACCUCCACCUGAACGCCGCAACCUACAGUAUCCGCCCUGCAGAGGGCGAUGGAGACUUCAUUGUCAGCGGGUGGCACUCACCCCGGGACCUUCAAUUGCUCGGGGAAGAAUUCCGUUGCCAUUGCUAUGAGGGGCACCAGGGGGAGCGCUGUGAUAGCGCUAACAAAGUGCGAGAGGAUGAUGACGGACCACCGGGUGGCGGUGAAAAUGACAAUGAGAAGGAGCGGAGGAGGACUGAGUGGGAAGAUGAGCAAGAAGGAAGGGCGGAAGAAGGGCGUAGCAGUGCGUUGCCCACCCUCGGCCUCUCUGGUCUUUUGAUGCUCUUAAUGCUCCUGUUAAACUUUCGAGAAUCACUCGAGACACUUUUGACAUUAACAGUGACACUAACAUGCUAA